UUAACUUCGGAAAUUAAUGGCUACCUUUUGAUGUAAGAAUAAAGCAAAUAUAAAUUUAGUUUUAAAAAUUCGUGAGUUAUGUUAAGCUUUGCUCCUAUAAAAAUAAUGUACAUUUCUCCUUGAAUAACCCAAACGUCGAAACGAAAUUAGCGUGAAGUGAACGGUCGUUCUCGUCAGCCGGCCACACAAUGCAUCUAUCUCACUCAUUCAUUUUUCUUUCAUUCGCUCAUCAAUUCACGAUACAUGUCAUGAGAAAAAUGAGCUAGUGAUCUAGUGAGCUAGAACCAUCGAAUUAAUAAGUACAACAGUACAGUAGUUAAAAUACUAACUAUGGCUAGAACUGAGUUACUGAUACAUUCGGAGCUAGUGUGAGCUAGUGACACAUUCUGUCAGUGUUAGUGAUAUAUAUAUUUUUAUGUCACUCACUCAGGAACUACACAUCUUUAGUACAUACCUACCCAAGUAUAAACUUUAGUUUGGCAGUUUAAAAAGUUUGUUUAUGUACUUAGAUCGUCUUUAAUGGGCGAUAACUGAUAAGAAGGUUUAGUACUGAUAGUAUUUUAUAUCUAUAGUCUAAAAAUGUGCAAAUUAUUCAUAAACGAUUUAAUACAAAUUUUCAAAAGCAGUGUAUCAGCUGUUUUACCUGAAAAUUUAAUUAGAAGUUCAUUGAAAUAUAAUCCAACCAAUGAGCAUCUAAAUAUUUUAGGAAAAACUUAUAAUUUAUUGGGAAAAAAUGUUUAUCUUGUUGGAACAGGCAAAGCCGUACAGAACAUGUCCAGAGAAGUAGAAAAUAUUUUACAAUCUAAAAUUAAAUAUGGUAUCAUAAGCAUUCCUAUGGGAAGUUUGGACGUAUUUAACAAAUCAAGAAACGUUGAGUAUUUUGAAGGAGCUAAAGAUAAUUUACCUGACAAUAGUGCACAAAACACUGCAUUGAAAAUAAAGAAUCUCAUUACACAAUUAAACAAAGAUGAUCUAUUACUAGUACUUAUUUCAGGAGGUGGUUCAGCAUUACUGCCUUUGCCAAAAUCACCAAUAACUUUAGAAGAAAAAAUUGGACUUGUAAAGAAGUUGGCUAAUUCUGGUGCUGAUAUUAAAGAAUUAAAUACUGUUAGGAAAGUAAUAUCAGAUUUAAAAGGAGGCCAACUGGCAGUAAAGGCACAACCUGCUCAAGUUGUCUCACUAAUCCUUUCUGAUAUUGUUGGUGACCCUUUAGAUCUUAUAGCAAGUGGUCCUACUGUACAGAAUACUGAUGGAGCUAAUAAAGCAGUUGAUGUUUUAAAAAAAUACAAUUUAAUAGAUGCACUACCUAAAUCAGUGCAAACAUUACUUGAAAAUAAUGGAGAUAAUUUAGUAUUUCCAACAAAUAAUACAUCAAAUUACAUAAUUGGUUCAAACAAAAUAAGCACUAAAGCUGCAGUUGUACAGUGUAUAGAACUUAAUUACCUACCAUUAGUACUAUCAAAUAAAGUUACUGGAAAUGUACAAGAUGUAGCAAACAAAUAUAGUAAACUAGUGACCGUAAUUUGUAAAUAUUUGAGGCAAAAUUUGGAAAUUGAUGAAUUAAAAUCAAACAUAAAAAAACUGGAAAUAUCUGGAACAGAUUUAAAAGUUUUGAAUGAAAUAAAAAUAAGUAACAAGAAACCGUUAUGUCUUAUACUUGGAGGAGAGAUAACUGUAGCAGUAAAAGGAACGGGUAAGGGUGGUAGAAAUCAACAACUGGCUUUGGAAUUUUCUAAAUAUCUACACAAAGUCAAAGAUCAAUUGAAUGACUUUGAUAUAUUUAUAAUGAGUGCUGGAACUGAUGGAAUAGAUGGCCCAACUGAUGCAGCAGGGGCGAUAGGAUAUUUGAAUCUCAUUUCAGAAUCUACAGCUGAUGGUUUAGAUGUGGAUAAAUAUUUGGCCAAUAAUGAUACCUACAAUUUCUUUAAAUUAUUUAAAAAUGGCCAUUUACAUGUAUUAACUGGUCACACCAAUACUAAUGUUAUGGACAUACAUCUAAUUAUUAUUAAGAGGAAAUUGUUGUAAGUCAACAUUUAAGAUCAUAUCUUCCAAUCUGUUCAUAGGCGGUUAUUGUUAUCCUUUAAGGUCAAAACAGUUUAUCCAAGUCUUCUAUGGUUUUACAACUCGUUUGACCCAAUCAAAAUAUAUGAACAUAUAUUUAUGGGUAAAAUUAUAUGAUAGAAAAGUUAAAAGUUUAAAAAGUAAAAGUAUUUAAGGGGUAAUGUAAUAAUGCUAAAAAUACAAGAGCAAAUAC